AAGCAGUGACCUGGGGACCAUGCAGGGAUCAGGCUGCCCUCAGCCCUCAGAGCUUUGGUAAAAGCUCCUGGCUCAGCGUGCACAGCCCCACCCUGGGGAUGAGCCCCAGCUGUGUGUGAGGAUCCUCCUCCCCCAGUGGCUCCCAGAGCACAGAGUGCCCAGGGGACAGAGCAAGAGGCACUGCAGCCUUCGAGAUAACAGAAUGAAAGGUGCAAGAUAACACAAGGUUUUGUUAGAGGCAAACCCCACAUCUCAACUAAUGCAGAUUUUGGUGACUCCAAGCCCUGGCAUUGAACUCUGGAAAUGCUGUUGGCAAAGCCCCCAGGGGAAGGGGAGUGUUUGGCUGCUCCGAGCACCACGAGCACCACGGCGCUGUCGGAUCAUAACCGGUGCUGACCACACCUAGAGCUCAGUCCUGCUGUGGGCUGCACACACACAGCCACAGAGUGCUGCUGCUCCUGGAUCAUCCUACAGCACAAACCCUGCAAAGGGACAGCUGCAGAACCAAACUAGGGAGAAACACCAACUUGCUGAAGCACAGCCCGUCAUCUGCCUGGGCGCGGCAGGAGCAGGGAGCAGCCAGCCCCAGGGAUCUGGGAGAGCCAUGCCGGACUCCUUCGCCAUCCACUUCCUCAAGGUGCUGCGGGAGCUGCUGGCCUUCGUGCUGUUCAGCUACACGGUGCUGCUGGGGGCGCUGCUGCUGGCCGGCUGGACCACCUAUUUCCUGGUGCUCAAGUGAGGGCUCUGCCCCUGCUCCUGCUCCCACAGCUUUUCCAGAGGCACCCACGGCACAGCUCUGCACACGGGAUGGAGGCGCCUUCCCCCUGCGCCGAACCUGCAGGAGCUCUGUGCUCCCGCUGCCUCACCGCACUCUCAUUUUCCUGUGUAAAAACAAUAAAGGUUAAAAGAGAAAAGGUAUCCCUGUGCAUGCACUUUACAGAUCCUUGUGGCUCUCGCAGAUUCUUUGUGUCUCCUGGACUCUGAACUAUUCAAAAGCCUCCCAGCAGUUUUCUCCUGAGAUUCCCACCCUGCCGAGCGCAGCACAGGGGAUGGCAGGGAUGCAACACCACUCCAACAUCUCAACAAACAAGUCCUGCCUUGUCCUGCUCUGCCUCAUUAAGGGUGUGAAGGCAGACACACAGAAAUUACUUGUAAUUUGUUUUAGAAGUUCUGGAAAAAGACAUUUCAGCUCAGCACAACGUUCCCCUCUCCCUACAGUUUUCUGAGGUACAGAGUUGUUACCUGGCGCUCUCAGGUGUGCCAGGCUUUAGAACAAAUGUUUAAAGCACAGAGUUAGAUUGAAUAUGUGUGCUACAGCACUGCCUCAGUAAAGUAACCUGCACUGACUGAGUGUCUGAAAACAGGAGAGAGAGCAGGAAUUCCUGCUAUAACUAAAAAGAAUAGCUUUAAUUUGUUAAGGCCAUUUUGUGUGGAAUUGCACAGGAAACCUUUGGCGGAGAAGGUGGAGAUUAUCACUAGCAUGGAACUACCCAAAAUCAAAGCAGCAUUGUGUACUUUAGAACAAUAAAGUUGAA